ACAUGAUAACAACAGGAACGGGGUAGUCCCUUCUAGUCAUCGUCCGCGACGCGUUUUGGUUAAAGACCAAUUUCCUCUUUCCUCUGGUAAAAUGAAAGGAAGAGACGAGAACAAGAGACUUGAGAGCUUUUACAUUCUUGUAAGCUGAUCCGAUUUUCUGAGGAAUUGGAUUUCCCUUCCUUUUUUUAAAACAUUUGGCGCCAAAUCCCAUGACUGUCGAGAAGUGUACCGCGACCGAAGCAUCUCCGUCGCUGAAUGUCAGUAACUCAUCUCCAUUGGAUAAGGCUCCGGCCACCGGAGAUUACGCUGAGCGGGACUCGGAGGAGUUGCUAGUUCCGCCGCUGAAUUUCGCGAUGGUCAAUAAAGGCGUAUUCCGGUCUGGUUUCCCCGAUUCCGCUAACUUCGGUUUCUUGAAGUCCCUUGGACUCCGUUCCAUCAUAUGUUUGUGUCCAGAGACCUAUCCGCAAGCUAACAAUGAGUUUUUGAAGACUAAUGGGAUUAAACUUUUUCAGUUCGGGAUCGAUGGCUGUAAGGAACCUUUUGUAAACAUUCCUGAGGAAACAAUUCGUGGAGCACUGAAAGUUGUCCUCGAUGCGAGAAACCACCCACUUUUAAUUCACUGCAAACGGGGAAAGCACCGCACGGGUUGUCUGGUGGGAUGCUUAAGAAGAUUGCAAAGAUGGUGCCUGUCUUCUGUUUUCGACGAGUACCAGAGGUUUGCUGCUGCCAAGGCCAGAGUGUCGGAUCAGAGGUUCAUCGAAUUGUUUGAUAUAUCCAGCUUGAAGCACUCGCCAAUGCCAUUUUCAUGCUCAAAGAUAAAAUAGCAAAGCAAGGCAGAAAGCAGAAGGCAUUCCUUCCUCUGUAAGAAAAGAAAAAAAAAAAAAAAAAAAAAAAAAAAAAAAAGAACAAAGCUUGUGAAGGGGCAAUUGAUGAAGAUAGCAAAAUAUAGUGGAUGACGGACGAUAGAAAAAUAUAGAAAAAAUUGUCUUUUCCAUAUUUUAAAAGAUUAUCUUAAAAGAGCAAAAUGAGUGUGCAAAUGAACUUAUCUUAAAAUAUACUCUUAUACUGUGUUACAUUGAAACUGUUCCUGUAAAAUUCUCUAUAAAUUGGGGACCCCUAUUUGGUUUUCAAA